UUUAACUAACCCCUCUGUAAAAAAGUGAAGUAACCGCUUGUGUAUUGAAACAAAAGCGCUCGCUCAGUUAUCACGACUGACGAACUUCGACAUAUAAACCUGUCGCGAGGGAGAGAGGAUGAGCAGAGGAUUGUUCGGUUCUUUUGGAACUAUCGUAAAGCGUUCAAAAAGGUGCGAAAACUUAUAUUAAAGAGAGCAACAGUGUGAUGGACAUCAACAUGAACAUUGACUGUUUAUCACAGACUUCCCUUGUCUUCCUGACCUUCCUGCAGCAAAGCCCAUGUGUCAACAAUGAACUUCAGAGAGAGGUGGAUUAUUUAAACCAUAAGAUAAAACUGCAUGGUCUUGGGCUUGACUCUGACAUAGAAACUGAUGGUCUACUGGAAACAGAUGGACACUCGAUUAACAGAAGUCUACUGCUGGACUUUGCUCCUCAAGCCGAGUAUGCAUUACCAGAAGCACAAGCAGUGAGCGAGGUGGCUGCUGAACUUGUCAGAAUUGCAGAUGAUUUUAAUGACAGCAUUGUAUCUCAAGCUGCAGAGCGUCUGAACAAGAAGCUCAGAAACGCUUCUAAGCUGAGCUGGUUGGACUACUUGUCAGAAGGUGUCGACAGCGUACUGACUGAAGUACAAGGUGGGCACAAUGACAGGAUCGUAAUGGCAGUCACUUUCUCCCUGGUAAAGGCGGUGUGUGAGCGGACACCUCGUUAUCUUUGUGACCUCUGCAACGUCUUGAUGCGGUACAACUUCCGAAAAUCUCGGUGAUUCUCUCCCGUUUCCGUCUUCAAGUUUCCGUAUCUGUCAAACGUUUGUGUCUUAAAGGGAAAAUAAUCUGUUAUGCUUGUGCUGUUCAUUUUGAAUGAUAUUCAAAUAAAGUAGGAACCCUAGUGAAUUGGUACUGCAGUUGGGAUUCAGGUUCGAGUAACUGCUGUUACGUUUGACCUGGAUAAAGUUUCUGAGAGGAUGUUACCAUCUGCUCAUGUUUAAAAUGUUUACGGAUUACUCAUAGGUCUUAAUAUAGACUGUGUGUUUGUUUUUGUCUCUGUAGAGUAGUUGCAGUGCAUUUUCAUUGUGCGUUAGUGUCAAAUAUGAAAUGAUAAUCCCCCCCAAUCUAGUCGUGUCCAGUUACCCUGAUUGCGUCCUCUAUACUGAUUCGACCCUUCAGCGUUGACUGAGGACGCCUCUCAACUGACAUACGCCCCCUCCGGCACGUACAGUCAAUACAGACUGCAUUUUUCACCUGCACGAGUCGAGUUCAUACACUUGACGGGCACUGUGUACGGAGGGCCACACCCCCAUCAGCAUUAUUCCUCAGCCCUGUGCAGGUGCCACAGUUGCACCUGUUAUGAGGACCUAUGAUUUGACUUUCUUACCCUCUAACCCUGAACAACAGCCAAUCGUUGUUCAUGCUGCCGCCCAGCCCAGUCGGAAAGACAGAGCUGAGAUUCGAUACGAUGUAUCCGAAACCCCAACUCUGGUGCGCUAGCAUACUUUACCGCUGCGCCACCUGAGCGGCUGAAAUGAUCAUCCUUAAAGUAGACUGAAAGUAAAUAAUUGUCUGUUUAAAGCUGUCUGAUCUGAACUUGCAUUGCACUGAAUGUGUUCCAAAAAAGAUUUUUUUUUUUUUACAUACAAUCUAAUUGUAACUUUCAGUUGUUGUUUCUAAAAUAAACACAAAAUGGACAAAA